GUGCGAGUACAUUUAGCGAGCAGUUGGGCGUAUUUUUGUGCAGAGGUUAUCAAAUCAUGAAGAAGAAGACGACGUCAGAUGUGGACGGUGGUUGGGCAUGGGCGGUAGCAUUUGGCGUGUUUUUGAGUUUCUUCCUGUUGGGUGGCUUCACACGAAGCUUUGGUAUACUGUACUCCGCCUUCCUGGACAUGUUCGGUCUCUCAGCCGCUACAACGUCCCUUAUCCCCGCCGUCAGGACCGCUUGUCCGAUAAUUGUCGGCCCACUGAGCACGACAUUAUCUGAGCGUUACACCGAGAGGAAGGUGGUCAUCGCCGGAAGCCUCCUUAUUUCGUUGGGUUUCAUCACCUCCUUCUUUGCCACCAGUCUGAGUUUCCUGAUCGUCAGCCUCGGCCUCAUUCCUGGAUUUGGGAUGUCUCUGUUGAUCAGUCCCUCUAACGUUGCCAUGGGGAAGUACUUUUCAAAAUGGCGGUCACGCGUCUAUAGCCUGACAUCCUGUGGCGUCUGCUUAGGAAUGGUGGUCGUCCCGUUUUUGCUAACCUAUCUCAUCGAUACUUUCUCAAUCAGAGGAACUUUAUUAAUUUUCGGGGGCAUAUGUUUGAACCUGAUUAUAACUGGCGUUGUGCAAAGGCCCAUGACCGUGGAAGAUGGCGACGUCCAUGUUCCUAGGGAAGCGAACGACAACGACCGUGUUAAUUCUGACGAAGAGGAGCGAAUGUGUACCAGUGGAAAACUCACAGAGGAAAUGGCUUUGUCAGAGUACAAUAUAGAAACAGGAAGAGUAACGUCCCUUGAAUUAGGAGCCAUCAAAGGCACGUCUGCGUCUGUGUUGGAAAAUAAUACCAUACAAAAAGAACACGGAGCAGGCGUAGAAUGCAAGCCCUCUCCAAAUCGACUGCAUUCAGUCAGUGUUGCAGAUGGCCUUUUGCAAACAGAAAGUGUGGAUGUGGAAGGAAUGAAGCGAUAUUCAGAAAUUCAGGCAAAUGAGGACAAAGUAACGGUUGAUGCCAUUACAUCUGGCUCACGACAAACACACGACUCUGCUGGAAUCAAACAGGCGAAACAAUUAGCAGUUGGGUUGCUGAAAGAUUUGUUUGACUUGAGCCUUUUGAAAAACUACGUCUACCAGAUUUUUCUCUGGUCGGUUACUCUUUCCGACGUCACAUACGGUAACCAGUCCCUCUAUUUUGUCCCCCUGGUAGAAUUGCGCGGAAUCCCACGAGAAGGCGCCGCCGUAAUCCUGUCUGUCAUUGGCGGUUUCGAUGUCAUCGGGAGAUUGACAGCCGGUUUUCUGGCGGAUAAAAGACCGCUUCUACCUCAUCACAUAAUGUGUAUUUGUGGAAUUAUAACCGGUCUUGUCUGUUGUUUCUUGCCACUGGCCAAAAAAUUUGAGGAUUUUGUUGGCCUCGGCGUCGUUUUCGCUCUUGUGUCCAGUGCACCAACUUUGCUCAUUAUGCCGGCAUUAGCACAUUCACUCGGAGUUGCGUCCCUUGCUAGGGGACUCGGACUGGGCAUGUUUUUUCGUGGAGUCUUCACAGCGGUAACUCCGCCUUUGUUUGGUCUCAUCAAAGACGUCACGGGAUCGUAUGACGCAAUCUUCCCCAUAAUAGGCGCCCUUCAGAUAUUGGGUGGACUUCUUCUACUGCUGGAGCCAAUUGCUAAGCGACGGAUGGAACUGCGUAACACAUUAACGACCAGUCAGAAUUCAUAAUGAUAGCACUGCCAUUAUUAGUGGUUUAAAUUUGUGAUGACUUAAAUAAAUCUUUUUUUAA